GCGAGCGAGCCGCUGGUUCUUCAGCGACAGCGUGUAUCUCGGAUUGCCGGUGUGCGCGUUUUGUGCGCGUCGAGUUCUCGCGUCGGUCGCGGCCAGCUGAAGGCCUCCGGUUCACCAGAGAGAGCUUAAUGCCCGCGUACGCAAGGGUACUCCUCAUCCUUUCCGGCAUCGCAUCGUCUUAUUGUGUGGUCCUUCCUUUCGAAACUUAGGCGCGGGAGCUUGAGACUUUAACGCUCGGAAGGGCGACGCCGCUUAUGUUACGAAAUCGAAUUUGCGCGGGUUUCGUGCGCGCCGUGAAGUAGCCAGUGAUCUCCCCGCCACUGCGGCGCGCGAAUUUUUUUGAAAAUUUGAUUGGUGUUCGUGUCGCACGUGUAUCGUUGUUAUAAACCCUGCAGCGAUGAUUAUCGAUCUAUUUUCCUGUGCAUCGUUCGGUGAUUAGUGCGGUCGGAUGUCCGGCUACAUGUCUGCGUGACCUGAUCAACUGAUUAGUUACUUUCAGCUGUGUGCAACGAGUAUCUUCCGUUACACGCGAUUGGGGAUUUAUGCAGUUCAUGAUUAAGCUCUGCAAUCGUGCAAGUUUAAUAGAUGUGUUUAAAACUCUUGAGUGCAAAGAUAAUCGGGAGCCGUAACCUGCAUGGUGGCUUAUUGUGGAGUUAUCGUAAUUUGAACUGACAAACUGUGAAACAAUGGUACACUCUUUUAAAAGGUCGAUGAUAAUUGCAGACUGCCGGAUGUGGCGUUUUGACGAAAAGUGUGUGGAAAGUGCAGUUUAACGAAGUUCGUUCAUAAAAUAGUAACAAUAAUGGUAGUGAAACAAGUAUUUCUGCAGAUUGAUAUCUAGUUGAAAAGCUGCGUGUAAAUUAUUAUUGUGAUUCUGUGUUUGUCACUAGAAGUCUUUUCGUUUUUCUCGAUCUGUGACGGAGUUCAAGUUUCAUUGAUCGUCAAACAUUAAACUAUGUAACGCAAUGCAAGCAGGUGAAGGCCGUUAUGUCGCCGAAAUUACCUGCCUGAAAGUACCGCAUGUAACGCAUAUCUGUUAACGGAUGUAGAUAAGAAGUGUGGAAACGCAUAUCCAUCGCACAUGCUCCCUGCUCGUAAUUGUUUUACGGCGAGAGAUCCCUGGCUAAGGAUUACCAGCUUAUACGUCAGGGAAAACGCCGCCGUCGCGAAGGAAGCGCGACAUGGACGACGUUGCAGUUGCCGGUAGCAGUUCCAGUGCGAACGCCGUCAGCCAAGGCACCAGCGAGAUGGAUUGGUGGUCCGGGGUAGCGGAAGAGGAACUACUCUACUACACGGGUGCAGCAAACGACAUGGACUCUCUCUGGGCGGCUAUUGGCACCUUCGUACCACCGCCCCCUCGGCCACCGUACCUUCCCGACGAAGGGAUAAGCACCGACGGCCUCACUACCUGCGAUCUUUGCUCUUGGGCAUGGAGGCACGACAGGCACGCUUUCUCCUUGGACGGCACCCUGGAAGCGCCAGGCGAGCUAGGAUGGGUCCUUACACUGGUAAUCGUCUCGUUGAUAUCAGCAGGUAUCGGUGCUGUGGUGAUGGUAACACUCCUGCACUGUCGAAGAAUGAAGAGUGCAACAGGCAGAGGAAGCUGCUGUGGUACCAGCGUCGAAGAUCCUUCUGCUCAAGAAUCUGGUCCACCCGGGGGUGGUGGAGGCGUUGGAGGAGCCGGAGGGGGUCCGGGGAGUGGUGGAGUUGCUGUUAUUCCUGACCGGCCGCCCCUUGAGCUGGACAAGUUGCCACCUUAUCACGACGUCACUCCUAGUCCUGGGCACAACGUGUGGUCCUGGCUGGGUUCGAGGCGAGGCGGCGGUGCCCCGGGUGGCGUCGCGACGCCACUGUCCCUGCCUCAGCACAGGCGCGCGAUGAAUCUGCCGGUGGAAAACCAUUACACGCACAUGCAGAUGGACGAGGCUCUCUAUGCCGAAUUGGACUCCCAAGCGGCGAGCUACGCGAGCGAUCUUCAGCUCCAGAUGCGAGGUAGCUCCACCUACGGGACUACCUCCGCCGGCCACGACGACGAGUAUCACGAACUCGAUGCCGCGAGGCUACACCGACACUACGGAGCUAGUGGAGACGGGAGUGACAGAUCGCCUCGGAGAGACGGACACAGAACGAGACACAGUCAGAGGUUACAGGAGCCAGACUACGAGAUGUACGAAAAUGGCCCCGCGACGCCGAGGUCGCCGAGUCGGAUGCAGCACCAGAGUGCCAGGGCGGCUGAUCAUCCGUCGUACCAGAACACCGCCUACACCGGAAGUGACGCUGAACCCGACGGACCGACGCUCAGCAGCGCGCCAAGCAGCGCCUAUUAUAGCGAUCUUAGCUCAAAUUCGGCGAACCAAAAUAUUCCCGCCGUCGCAACGACGACAAAUAUUCAUAUCGGUCAGCAGCAGGGGCUCGAACCUGCCCCGACGUACAGACUGGCUGCCAUCAACGAGACGACAGUGCCAUCCGACUACAUAUAGAGAAAGAGUGAAAACUUUCUCACGCGAGGCUGCGAAGACUCAACGCGAAACGAACGGAUAGAUGAAUUCGGGGUUCGUACGCACAGGGAAAACUCAGGGAAUUUCGAAAAUGAACUCGUUCUUACGCAAAGUACCGACGAUCUUUAAAAAAAAACUAACUGCACUUAAAAUUUUCCUUCAUCGCACCGCUUCAUACGUCGUAUGUAUGUUACCUACUUAAUACCAAACCUUCUUUGGUUUUUUUUUCUUACGGGAAAUUGCACGCUGUCGUUUGUUAAUUGCUGGUCAGACAGUAAGUUAGUUACUAGGUGAUAUUGAAGGUAUUGGUAUUAAUGUGUUAAAAAAAUUGUCAAUAAUCUGCGGCAUGAUUCAUGAAAGGUUACUGGAAAAAUUCUAUUUUCACUCUGGAAUACCUGGCAAAGUCCGCGGAUUUCAGAUUCAAAAAAGCGUACGGACCCUGAUGAUCUACGGAACGAACUGCGUUUCCUUCAGCAAUCUUCAAACAAAUUUUAGAUCCCUUUUACAAAUUGUGUGAUGAUGUUAUCACCUGAUAUACGUAGGAUUCACUGCUGAUAAUCGGACUUCAAUGUGGUUGUAUCCAUAUACAAGUACAGUAGCACACAACAAUAUUUUGACAAAGAUAGUAAUUGAGUAGGUUACAUACAAAUGUAAAAUAGAAAAAUGAAUAAUUAUUUUAUCGACAGAAAUUCGAUGUUCUAUGUAAUUGUAAAGAAUUAAGUCUCGUUCGCUAGAAAGUAAAGUUAAAAUGAAGAUAAACGAUGAUGGAUCAAAA